AGAAAACCAACCAAACCUUAUCCUUAAACUUCACAAUUCACUCUUAUCUUUGAGAAACGUUCUAAAACAAAACUCCAUGGCCUCAGCUUUGAGCGAAUCGCAACCAUCGUCUAAGAAGGUGUUGAUAACUGGUGUGAGCAAAGGGUUAGGAAGGGCUCUAGCAUUGGAGUUAGCCAAUCGAGGGCACACCAUAAUCGGUUGCUCGCGUGAUCAGACUAGACUCGAUUCCCUCCACGAAGAGCUUUCUAGAUCAUCUCUCAAUCAACACUUCCUCUUCAAGGGCGACGUGAAAUCGAACAACAGUGUCGAAGAGUUUGCACAAGUUGUUGCAGAAAGAAAACUUGUCCCAGAUAUCAUUGUGAAUAAUGCAGCUUUCAUUAAUAGAAAUGGUAAGAUAUGGGAGGUUGAUGUGGAAGAGUUUGAUAAUGUUAUUGAUACUAAUAUCAAAGGGAUAGCAAAUGUUUUGCGUCAUUUCAUUCCUCCUAUGAUUUCUAAUCAGCAAGGAAUUAUCAUCAACAUGUCUUCAAUUUCCGGGAGAAAAGCACAUGAAUAUAUUGCACCAUACUCUGCAUCUAAGUGGGCAGUUGAAGGAUUAAGCAAAUCUGUAGCAAAAGAAUUACCAGAGGGAAUAGCAAUUGUGGCUUUAGAUCCUGGCACCAUAUAUACGGAUAUGCUUGUUUCAUUCUUUGGCGAUUUAGCUUCAAAGUAUCAAUCACCUGAAAGAUGGGCUGUAAAAGCGGCAACAAUGAUUCUUAAUCUCACUCCAUCAGACAAUGGAGCGUCUCUCACUGUUGAGAAUCCAACGGAAUUGUCGAUUGAAUAAUUUCAAUUUUAUUUAUUGUACAAGUUUCUCAAGUUGUAUCCCUUUCACGAUGACUUAUUUGGUAUGUAUUGACUGAUGUUUGACAUAAUGGUAGUCCAAUAAGAAGGAUAAAUGCCUAAAGGUGAAAAUCAUAAAUUUGUUA